CAGAAAGUUUAAAAGGAACAUCCAUAAAAUAUGAAAAAGUAAAAGAGACACUGAAAGUUGUUAGAACAAAAACAUUUGAAGAAGCAUUUGAAAGUUUUGCUGCAGAAACUGCCAAAAAAUCAGUCAAUGAUAAGGAAGCAGAAAAUGUCAUGGACAUAACUGAAGAAUCUGUGCUAAAGUCUUAUGAGACAACAGAAGGUAGCUCAGUUGUAAGUGUGAAAAAGCCUGCAGAUUAUGAAUCAUCAAAUGCUGUAAAAGAGAGAGCUCAAGAAGGUCCAUUAGAUUAUUUUGAAGAAAUAAACAUGGAUGACUGUGCUGAAUCAGUUCUAAAAUUAAAAAACACUAAAGAGAUAAUGUCUAUUUCAUCCAAUGUCAAAGUUGAUGAAACCAAUAAACAAGAAACUAUGCUAAAUGUGCCUGUUGACCUGAGCAUUUUGGACACUUCAAUCAUAGGGGAAGCUCCCCCUGCAGUGGGAAGUAUUGUGAAUUUAUCAGAAGUUGAAGAUACAGAAGAAAGUACUAAACCUAUUGGGUGUUUGAAUCAAUCAUAUGUUACUUCAAAACAGGUGCUUCUAGAAAAACCUGAAGGAGAACAGAAGGCUGCUUCUCUAGGCACUGUUAAGACAACAGUUGGAAAGGAAACUUGUAAAGAAGAACAAUCAAAUAGAUAUUUUGUUAAGAAACCUCUAGUAGAAAUGAGACUUAAAAGAAAAUCAGAUUCUAUAGUUCCUGAACCUGCAAGAAAGAAGAGAUGUCUGAAAGUGGAAGUGGACUCAACAACUCUAAAUGACAAAAACUCUGAAACCACGAAGAAACUUCCUGAAAAUUUUGACUUGCUAGGGGAGCACAGACCAUGGUGUAAGUGGUUGAUUAUUCAUGAAGUAUCAGGUCUAGCUGGAUGGAGGAUUUUUAUUGAAAGCUUACUUCGUAACCUGACUGAGAUGUCACCCUCUUCGAGCCUUGAUAGAAACAGAGUUAAAAUAGCUGUGAACCUUUUAUCUACAUGGACAUACCCUGUUCUCAGGACAGAGCAGUUGAAUUCAUCUUGACCAAUUGUAAUAUUUAUAAGAAGAGCUUGUGUAAAUCUUGAAAUUUUGCAGUAAAUAGCUUUGUCUGUAUGUGUCGUUCAUGUGUGAUUUUUAAAUGAGGUCAUUGUCAAGCUUAAAAUAAAUAUUACACAACAUGCAUUUAUUCAAAAAAGAAAUUGUGUGUACCAUGAAUGCAUUUAUAACAAUGUCUGCACAAUAUAUAAUAAAAAAGUAUUUCAGGUCAA